AUUUAUCUCAUGCCACCUGUGACCUCCCUUCCCUUCUUCUCUCCUUAAAAUCGUUCUAUUAGAUUACAAGACGCCGCCUUUGUUCUUCACAGUUAAACCGAACAGUACUCUCACCACAGCCGCCCUAUACGUCGUCGCUCACCACCACCAACCUGUACGCCGCAGCUCGCCACCACUACCCUGCUCUUCCUUCUCUGUUAACUACCGUCGCAUACCUGCUUUGCCUUCUCCGUUCACCUUCGAAGUGUACACACUCAACUUCCGGAGGGUAUCUCACAUCAAGAAUGGUUUUGACACGGAGAAUGAGUAGAAAACGGAAUCAUCAUGAUGACGCUUCAUCUAGUAAGAAGAUGAAGACUGAUGAUGUGGAUGUGGGUCCAUGGUCAUACCUCAACCAUGAUGUGCUUUCAUUAGUUAUGAUGCAACUCAGAGUCAUCGAUUUUCUUGCAUUCAGUGGAGUUUGCAAGACAUGGAGAUCCGCCACAGUGACACAUAGGGAGAGGUUUAUGGCUUCCCAAUCACCCAUGCUGAUGUAUAUCUCUACUCGUGGUAAUAAUAAAGAUAAGGAAUGCUGCCUAACGGAUUCUCAAGGACAAAAAUUCAAAACUGUGCUUCCCCGUUCUGUUGGUAGGGCUUUUGUUGGAUUAACUUGUGGUUACUUGAUUUUGUUCAGAGCGAAAACCAGAGAUUUUUGGCUUGUGAAUCCUAUCACCAGACACGAACUUCAUUUCCCUUCUACCCCUUCUAACUGUGUCUUUAUUGGUAUACCAAAGAUCACUGCUGUCCUUGUCAAUUCACCCACAAAUACAAUACCUACCACCCAUGUGCUUGUUAUGUUAAACAUAGUACGUAAUGAAUUAUGGGUUUCUAAAGCGGGUGAGGGAUCAUGGAAUCAUGUCUCCUUACGUAUCGAUAUCAAUUAUUUACAUGUUUUCAAGGGGAAAAUAUAUACCUUAUGCUCUAAACCUGGUUCGUUGAAAGUAAGACAUUUAUGUGAGCUUACACUCGAUCCUAAACCCAAAUUGAAGUUGCUCAAGACCAAGAAUUUUCCUAAACGAGCCUUCAUUUUCCCGAAGCUUUUAAGUUCAGGUGAAAACCUUUAUGUGAUGGAAAGCUUAUCAGUCGACUUCUAUAAUGUUCACAAACUGGAUUUUGAGAAAAUGGAAUGGGUGAGGUUUCAAGAGACGCUAGAUGAAGGUGCAUUUUUUCUUAGCAGAUUCAGACAUGGUGCUGUUGUUAAACCGGAUUUGUGGGUUGACCUUCAAUCACAACCCGAGGGAUGUAAUUUUUUUGAGGAAGAAGGAUGUGGCAAAUUCUUCACCACAAACCAGUGGUAUUUUCCUCAUGAAUGUUGAUAGAAAGAUUAUUUACAAGUUUUUGAGAUUUGAGAAGUUGAAUGUUGCAAUUUACUUUUUUCCUUUGUCAAGUGAACAGACAUUAUAUAUAUAUAUAUAUA